CCGCAAAGAUUAGCGCUUUUGCCUGUGUGCCUAAGGUGCUCGGUUCUUCUUUGAAGCUAAGGCCUUUUAAUCCGGCGACUAGCACCGUCAAAAUUAGGCAUCCUUUGUCACAAAUAUAAAAUCUAAAAAGUAAAAUGGCUUCCGUCUCCGAACUCGCCUGCAUUUACUCUGCUCUUAUCCUCCACGACGAUGAAGUCACCGUCACAGAGGACAAACUAAACGCCCUCAUCAAGGCGGCUGGAGUGACUGUUGAACCUUUCUGGCCCAGUCUUUUCGCCAAGGCUCUGGCCAGCGUGGAUAUCGGCAGUCUGAUCUGCAGUGUUGGGGCUGGUGGCGGGGCACCUGCUGCACCUGCUGCUGGUGGAGCUGCUCCUGCUGGAGCUGCCCCAGCUGCAGAGGAAGAGAAGAAAGAGGAGAAGAAGGAAGAGUCUGAGGAGUCUGAUGAUGACAUGGGCUUCGGUCUCUUUGAUUAAACCUGUUUUUUACCCAUCAGAAAAGAAAAUAAAAAUGAGAAAAACA